GGUUGACCUACCUACUCUAGUACUUCGCUUGUGCCAUGGCGGAUUUGGAGAGCGAGAAGAGUGCUGGGCAGCCCUCCGCGGCAGAGCAGCAGCCAGAGGACUCCACUGUGCCGGAGGACGGCCGGGGUGGCAUCCAUCUGAGCUGCAAGGCCUUCAGAGGGCAAGAGCCACACGCGCUACAAGAGUGGCUGGCGGAGGCUGGGAUGCCCAAUGUGCGGGUGCGGAAGAAGAAGCCGUGGCACUAUGCCUUUGUGACCUUGGAGGAUGAGACGAAGCUCAAGGAGCAAGAACUGUUCUUCAAGAAGGCCAAAGUUCAGGUCAAUGCCCGGCAAGCAGCCAAAGGUGCUGGCAAGAAGCGGCCCGCGGAGGAAGAUCCGAAUGGGCCCAGCAAAAAGCUGAAGGCCGAAGAGAAGAUCCCGGUGCUCAAGGAGCUGAGGGAGCGCAUCAAAGGUUCGAAGAAGAGCUUCGAUGGCGAUGCGUUGGAGAAGAGCGCCCCACUCAUGAAGUGGGACUACAAGACACAGCUGCAGAUGAAGCACGGCUACGUGAAGACGGCGGUGCGCUCCAUCACGAAGCUGGCGCAGAAGCGCUGCGAGAAGUUGGGGCGCGCGCCGCCGAGCUGGUGCUCCAAGGAAUGGUCUCUGGCCAGUGGCGCGCCGCAAGGCUGUUGCUGCCCUUUGGACCCGCCCAUCGGUGCGCCGGAGGGAACCUUGAGGGGCUGGCGAAACAAAUGUGAGUUCACCAUCGGCCGCGAUCCGCGGGGAGAGGUGGAGGUGGGCUUCAUCUUGAAGAUCUUGCCUGAUGGAGCUCAGGUGAUCGGCAGCAUUCAGGAGGUGCCGCUGGUGCCCGCGCCAAUGCAGAGACUUUGCGCCAUGGUGUCGUCGCUGGUCGCCAAGUCGAGCUUUCCCAUCUACGACCGCAGGGAGGGCCAGCGCAAAGGCGUUUGGCGCACCCUGCUGGCGCGCGUGAAUCCGUCCAAUGAGAUGUUGGUGAUGUUUCAGACCACCAGCUUGUCCGAGGAGGACCGUGCCAACUUCGUGGAGCCACUGCUGCCAGAGCUGGAGAAGCUCGGCGUGACCUCAGUCUUUUUACAGUUCAAUGAUGAGGUCACCGACGCGGCACGCCCCACGGCGCUGGUGACGCAAGUUCAUGGGAAGCCCAGGCUGGAGAUGCCGAUGCUGGGCCUCAAGCUGGAAGUGGGUCCCUUGUCCUUCUUCAACCCCAACACCACGACCUGCCGGUUCCUGAUGGAAACCGCUCUGGCGUUUCUGAACCUCAAGAAGACCGAGAUCUUGUUGGACAUCUUCUGUGGGAUCGGCACCAUUGGCCUUUGUGCGGCGCAUUGCUGCGAGAAGGUCAUCGGCGUCGACGUGGUGGAAGAAAACAUCGAGGAUGUGGCCGCUGUGGCGGUUGGGGGUGCGGUGAUGGCUGUGCGCCAGACAUGGGCAGUCGGGGAGGAUGCUAGACGGAAUGCGGAGCAGAAUGCCAUCAGCAACACGGAGUUCCUGGCGGGGAAGGCAGAGGAGUUGGUGCCGAAGAUCCUGGGUGACAUGGAUCCAUCCAAAGAGGCGCGUUCAUGGCGUGGACUUCAUGCUGCGGGGUUCGUGAAGAAGUGCAGUGCCGUGAUUGGGGGGUUGUGUGGGUAUUCAAGAACUUUUUGGCAAGUUGUUACAUUCCCUUACCGUUCCCUAAGGUUUGAGCCACCAUUGAUGUCGUGGGUUUUCAACAUUUUUAGGAGACCCGGCCAAUGGAACUCCUUUGAUGGUCUUGACCUGGUCAGGCUAGAGAUGUUUCAUAUUUGCCUGAAUAUGCUGAGAUGGGGAAUCUCAACGACUCCAUCUUCUUCAGGUGAUAGGUGUGUGCAGUUAGCCCUGCGGACGCCUCCACCUCCGAGAUGCUCAUGCUCGGACCCAGGACGCAUGCCCUGACUUGUUGCAGACCAGGAGAUCAAGGGCUCUGGCUGUUCUUCAUGCAUCGCUUCCUCACCAAACGGGUGGACCGAAAACACGGUCCCCCACGCCGGACAGCCGGGGGACGACUUGUGUGCCUGACAAUGACCGAACCGCAUGCGUGGCGUUCCAACCGGGUUUGGUUCAAAAGUUCUCAGCCACCGAUCGGCAGGGGCGAGAAAGGGUGCCCUCCUACUAUCCCUAGGGCUCCUGGCCCAUCUCCUC